UCAAUUUCCAUGCUCCUCUAUUCAUUGUUCAGUAUCCCUUUGAAGAUCACUGUAGAGUACAAGCCUGAAGACAGGACAUCUCUUGAGUCGGAUCUUUGUGUUUGCUUUGUUUGCUGCUUUUGGAGAGGCGUUUUCUCUUCUUCACACUUGCAAACGACCUCUUAAGUUGUUGGACAUGCUGUAGGAAUAGUUGGAUUCGCUUUCAAAGCUUAGAUGAUGUGCUAACUGUGCAAACCUCAGGAGUGGCAAUCCUUUAGCAUGAGAAUCUUAAACAAGCCCGGUAGUCUGAAGAUAAUGGCUAUGGUGAGAUCUUCACUGCAGAAAGUGAUGCUUUUUCUACAACACAUCCAGAGAAUGUCCGUUACAUCACCACGUUAUCAGAAACUGUGCAAGGACAUUCAGGCAGAUGUUGAUACCCAGACUGAUCUUUCUCAAAGGGCUCUGGGGAGUCAGAUCCAGAAUACCAAGGCACAAAAACUUGAUAAGUUCGGAGAUGUGGACCACAUUCAUAUAGCCUCGAGAAGAGAGUGUUUGGAGGCAGGUGCAGAGAAAUGGACAGGACUCAUAGCCAUCCUUGAAGAGCUUUGGUUCUGGGUAAAGCUGAAGGAUGAGGAGCUGACAAGGCAGACGCCGGUGGGAGAUGAUGUACAUACUUUACUGCAGAAACAAGGCUACUGUACGGCCCGGCAAAGCGAGUUGAUUGGACGGAGGCAGGAUGUGAAUCAGAUGUGUCUGUCUCUGGCUGUUCAACCUACAGCGAUGGAAGUCCUGAGCAAUACAGAGACGGCUGCGGUGGACACAAUAAACCUUAUAGGACACAAAGUGAAAAGUGAGAGAGUGCUGAAGGGGACGGAUUUAAAUCUGAGCUGGAUUUAUAGCAGCUGA